AUGCUCGCUGCCGGCACCUGUCGAGCGCGCACAAAGAGCAGCGUGGGGAGGUCUGAGCUGGGCGUCCGGCGUCACAGACUGGCGCGCGAGUUGGCACUGCAAGUCAUCGACCAAGCGGCAGCACAGCAACGGCUGCCACACGGCGAGUGCGGUGAGCUGGGCCAUCCGAGGACCCCAAGACCCCAGGCCCCCCAGGCACGGACGGCCGGCCUGGUGUUGCAGUGGGCAGUGGGCGCGCUCCAAGCCCCGGCCCGUGGAGCAUUCAUUCGUGCAUCUGGGAGCGAGCUGUGCGGGUCGAGCGCAGCGUGGAAAAGAAAACUAAGUGCCCAGGUGCCCAGGCGUGCUGGGGCUUCGCUUCGCCGCUACAAGACCGCCGGGCUGCCUCACCUCUCUGAUCUCUCAUCCACCAACUACCACCACGACACCCACCCACAGCUUGUCGUUUUGGUCGCUCCAAAGCGUCAGAGGUCCCACGCGUUUCGGCCAGCGCCUUUAGGUGCACGGCUCGGCCAGUUCUUCUUCCUCUCCGCCUCUCCUCCGCCUCACCUCCUCAUCCUCUACCGCCUCUUCACUCUCCACUCUCCACUCUGGACUCCAUUGACGGUCGCGGCGUUUGACGGACUCGGCGUUUCUCCAUUUGCAAAGAUACCCUCCUGCUUCGUUUGCUUGCUUGUUUCGACACUUGUCGCCUUCCAAUCCGUCGUCGACAGCCCCGUCGGCGUCGCCUUUCACCCUUAG